CUGCUGUCACAUGCUCGUCUGGAGCGGAAGGGUACAGGAGACCCUAGAAACUCUCUUCAGCCGCAAACUCAACGCUCUUCCCAGCUCUACAGUUUGGUUCCGAUCCUUUUAGAGAGCGACUGUUUACAGCAUCUGCGCCGCACCGCUGGAUCUUGUCAUAUUCUUGUAUCACUGCGCGCGGGUCUACAUUCUCUCGCGGAGGAGUCCGGCGGAGCUCCCAGAAGUUCCCACUGACCGGCUGAAGACCGAGGGAUUGGCGAUCAUUCACGGGAGAUUCGUGUCCAACAAACUCGGAGGAACACAACACUAAGAUAAACUCUUCAUCUGCGCCCCGUCUUCCUCAUCUUCCUCCUCUGCGUGUUGGUGCGGGAGAAUGGCGCAGAUUUUACCAAUCCGCUUCCAGGAGCAUCUGCAGCUGCAGUCUCUGGGAGUGAAUCCGGAGAGCAUCAGCUUCAGCUGCCUCACUAUGGAGUCUGACCGCUUCAUCUGCAUCCGAGAAAAAGUGGGCGAGCAAAACCAGGUAAUUAUAAUCGAUAUGUGUGACCCGAGCAACCCGAUCCGCCGGCCCAUCACUGCAGACAGCGCCAUCAUGAACCCGGCCAGCAAAGUUAUCGCGCUCAAAGAUGCGGCACGAACGCUCCAGAUCUUCAACAUGGAGAUGAAGAGUAAAGUGAAGGCUCACACCAUGACGGAGGAGGUGCUGUUCUGGAAGUGGAUCUCUGUGAACAUCAUCGCUCUGGUCACUGAUACAGCCGUCUUUCACUGGAGUAUGGAAGGAGAAUCACAGCCCGUUAAGAUGUUUGAUCGACACGCCAGUUUGGCCGGAUGCCAGAUCAUCAACUACAGGACAGACCAGCAGCACCGCUGGCUCCUGCUCAUCGGCAUCUCAGCACAGCAAAAUCGUGUGGUUGGCGCGAUGCAGUUGUUCUCGGUGGAGCGUAAGGUUUCUCAGCCAAUCGAGGGUCACGCCGCUGCAUUUGGACUUUAUAAACUGGAAGGAAACGCAAACACUUCAACACUCUUCUGCUUUGCUGUCAGAGGACAAGCUGGAGGAAAGCUGCACAUCAUUGAAGUCGGUCAGCCGCAGGCCGGAAACCAGCCGUUCACUAAGAAAGCAGUGGAUGUGUUUUUCCCUCCGGAAGCGCAGACGGACUUCCCUGUGGCCAUGCAGAUCGGUACUAAGCAUGGCGUGAUCUACCUCAUCACUAAAUACGGCUACUUUCACAUGUAUGAUCUGGAGUCUGGAGUGUGUAUUUACAUGAACCGCAUCAGCGCUGAGACCAUAUUCGUCACAGCUCCUCAUGAGAGCACUUCCGGGGUCAUCGGGGUCAACAAGAAGGGGCAGGUGCUGUCGGUGUGUGUGGAGGAGGAGAACAUAGUGAAUUACGUGACGAAUGUCCUCCAGAAUGCUGAUCUGGCGCUGCGCAUGGCGUUACGCAGUGAUUUACCCGGAGCAGAGGAGCUGCUGACGCACAAGUUUAACACACUCUUCUCUCAGGGCAGCUACACUGAGGCAGCCAAAGUGGCUGCGUCGGCUCCAAAGGGUGUUUUGCGGACAGCAGAAACCCUCCGCAGGUUCCAGGCGGUGCCGGCUCAGGGUGUGCAGGCGUCUCCUCUGCUGCAGUAUUUCGGGGUUCUGCUGGACCGAGGGCAGCUCAAUCAGCUGGAGUCAGUGGAGCUCUGCAGGCCGGUUCUGCUACAGGGACGCACACCUCUGCUGGAGAAGUGGCUCAAGGCUGAGAAGCUGGAGUGUUCAGAAGAGUUGGGUGAUCUGGUGAAGGCGGCUGACAUCAAUCUGGCCCUCAGUGUUUACCUGCGAGCCAACGUUCCUGCUAAGGUCAUCCAGUGCUUCGCCGAAACCGCUCAGUUCCAGAAGAUCAUCCUCUAUUCAAAGAAGAUGGGUUAUUCUCCAGACUGGGUUACUUUAUUAAGGAGUGUGAUGAGGACCGGUCCUGAUCAGGGCCUUCAGUUUGCUCAGAUGCUGGUUCAGAAUGAAGAGCCGCUGGUGAACAUCAGCCAGGUGGUGGAUGUGUUUAUGGAGGGGAAUCUGGUGCAGCAGUGUACUUCCUUCCUAUUGGAUGCUCUAAAAAACAACCGGCCAGAGGAGGGGCCUCUGCAGACACGCCUCCUGGAGAUGAACCUCAUUCACGCCCCUCAGGUAGCCGAUGCAAUCCUGGGUAAUCAGAUGUUCUCCCACUACGACCGGCCUCAUAUCGCUCAGCUGUGUGAGAAAGCUGGCUUACUACAGAGGGCACUCGAGCACUACAGCGACCCCUACGACAUCAAGCGAGCCGUCGUACACACACAUCUGCUCAACCCUGAGUGGCUGGUGAAUUUCUUCGGCUCUCUGUCUGUGGGCGACUCCAUUGAUUGUUUAAAGGCCAUGUUGUCCGCAAAUCUCCGGCAGAACCUGCAGCUGAGCGUUCAGAUCGCCACCAAAUACCAUGAGCAGCUGGGCACACAGACACUGGUGGAGCUCUUCGAGUCCUUUAAGAGCUACGAGGGUCUGUUUUAUUUUCUGGGCUCGAUCGUGAACUUCAGUCAAGACCCGGAUGUGCAUUUCAAGUACAUUCAGGCUGCGUGUAAAACGGGUCAGAUUAAAGAAGUGGAGCGCAUCUGUCGAGAGAGCAGCUGCUAUAAUGCCGAACACGUCAAAAACUUCCUCAAGGAGGCCAAACUCACGGAUCAGCUUCCUCUCAUCAUCGUGUGCGACCGCUUCGAUUUCGUCCACGAUCUGGUGUUGUAUUUAUACCGCAACAGCCUGCAGAAAUACAUCGAGAUCUACGUGCAGAAGGUGAACCCCAGUCGUCUGCCAGUGGUGAUUGGAGGCCUGCUGGAUGUGGAUUGCUCUGAGGAAACCAUCAGGAACCUGAUUCUGGCCGUUCGAGGAGAUUUCAGCACCGACCAGCUGGUGGAGGAAGUGGAGAAGAGAAACCGACUGAAGCUGCUGUUGUCCUGGCUGGAGACUCGUGUUCAGGAGGGCUGUGAGGAGCCGGCAACCCACAAUGCUCUGGCGAAAAUCUACAUAGACAGUAACAACAACCCAGAGCGGUUCCUUCGGGAAAACCAGUAUUAUGACAACGUGACUGUGGGCCGAUACUGCGAGAAGAGAGACCCGCACCUCGCGUUUGUGGCCUACGAGAGAGGACAGUGUGACCUGGAGCUCAUACAGGUGUGCAACGAGAACUCAUUGUUUAAAAGUGAGUCGCGGUAUCUGGUGCGGCGGAAGGAUCCGGAUCUGUGGGCUCGUGUUCUGGAGGAGACGAACCCCUACAGACGACCAUUGAUCGACCAGGUGGUUCAGACAGCUCUGCCGGAGACGCAGGAUCCCGAGGAGGUGUCGGUGACGGUGAAGGCCUUCAUGACGGCUGAUCUGCCUAAUGAACUCAUAGAGCUGCUGGAGAAAAUCGUCCUGGAGAAUUCAAUAUUCAGUGAACACAGAAACCUGCAGAACCUGCUGAUCCUAACAGCCAUUAAAGCGGACCGAACGCGGGUGAUGGAGUUUAUCAAUCAGCUGGAUAAUUAUGAUGCUCCGGACAUCGCCAACAUCGCCAUCAGCAAUGAACUCUAUGAGGAAGCUUUCUCCAUCUUCAAGAAGUUUGACGUCAACACAUCUGCCAUACAGGUUCUGAUUGAGCACAUUGGUAAUCUGGACCGGGCGUAUGAGUUUGCGGAGCGCUGUGGGGACGGGUGUGUGUGGAGUCAGCUGGCUCAGGCGCAGCUCCACAGAGGACUGGUGAAGGAGGCCAUCGACUCCUACAUUAAAGCUGGAGAACCGUCUGCAUACAUGGAGGUGGUGGACGCUGCCAAUAAAAGUGGUAACUGGGAGGAUCUGGUAAAGUUUCUUCAGAUGGCGAGAAAGAAAGCCCAAGAGUCGUAUGUGGAGACGGAGCUCAUAUUUGCUCUGGCUAAAACAAACCGUCUGACAAAACUGGAGGAUUUCAUCAACGGUCCAAACAACGCUCACAUACAGCAAGUUGGUGAGCGGUGUUAUGAAGACUGUAUGUUUGAAGCCGCUCGUCUGCUUUUUAAUAACGUGUCUAAUUUCGCUCGUCUGGCGUCAACGCUCGUUCAUCUGGGAGAGUUUCAGGCGGCAGUCGACAGCGCACGCAAGGCCAGCUGCACACGCACAUGGAAAGAGGUCUGUUUUGCAUGUGUGGAUGGAGAGGAGUUCAGACUGGCGCAGAUCUCAGGCCUCCACAUCGUCACUCAUGCAGAUGAACUGGAGGAGCUCAUUAACUAUUACCUGGAUCGUGGGUAUUUCGAGGAGCUGAUUGUCCUUUUAGAAGCGGCUCUGGGUUUGGAGCGAGCGCAUAUGGGCAUGUUCACUGAACUCGCCAUACUGUACUCCAAAUACAAACCCCAGAGGAUGAGGGAACAUCUGGAGCUCUUCUGGUCCCGCGUCAACAUCCCGAAGGUGUUGCGGGCAGCAGAACAGGCUCAUCUGUGGGCGGAGCUUGUGUUCCUGUAUGAUAAAUAUGAGGAAUAUGAUAAUGCCAUCCUGACCAUGAUGAAUCACCCCACAGACGCCUGGAGAGACGCAACUUUUAAAGAGCUCAUCGGCAAGGUGGCGAAUGUGGAGCUGUAUUAUAAAUCUCUGCAGUUUUAUUUGGACUAUAAGCCGCUGCUUCUCAAUGAUCUGCUCUCUGUUCUCGCUCCUCGACUGGAUCACACCAGAGCCGUCAGCUUCUUCAGCAGGGUGAAUCAGUUGCGGCUGGUUAAACCGUAUCUCAGAUCAGUGCAGAGUCACAACAACAGAGCUGUGAAUGAAGCACUCAACAACCUGCUGACGGAGGAGGAGGACUAUCAGGGUCUGCGCUCCUCCAUUGAUGUGUUUGAUAACUUUGACUCCAUCUCUCUGGCUCAGCGUCUGGAGACUCAUGAGCUGCUGGAGUUCAGACGUCUCGCUGCUCAUCUGUAUAAGAGUAACCAGCGCUGGACUCACAGCAUCCAGAUCUGCAAGAAAGACAAACUCUACAAGGAUGCGAUGCAGUUUGCGUCAGAGUCUCAGGACGCGGCGGUGGCUCUGGAUCUGCUGCGCUGGUUUGUUUCAGAAGGGAAGCGCGAGUGUUUCGCCGCGUGUCUCUUCAGCUCAUAUGACCUGCUGCCGCCGGACGUGGUGCUGGAGCUCAGCUGGACACACACACUGAUGGACUGCGCCAACCUUCUGCCUCAGUCUGAAUGUGAGAAGUAA